CAAAACUAUGUGAAAAUGGCGCGAAACCCUAAAAGACACUCGGAAAAAACAUUUAAAAAGACACGUCGCCGACUCCGUUAUUUUAUUCGUUUCGCAGCGACGGCGACUAGGGCAGAGAAAAUGAUGUUCGAGAGUAGCCAAUACGACACGGCGGCCGGCGGGGGCGGUUUCGUCUCCUCGCAGUCUGCCGAUCCGUCUCCUACACCUGCCAAGAGUCGGGAUAAUCAGCCGAUGUGUCCGGUGACGGUGAAGCAAAUAGUCGAAGCGACUCCGUCGGCCGACGACAAGUCGAAUUUCGUCAUCGACGGCGUUGAUGUGUACAAUGUGAAAUUGAUUGGAAUGGUGUAUGAAAAAUCAGGAAGGGUUACUGAUGUUUCUUUUGUGCUUGAUGAUGGCACUGGCCGCAUUACCUGUCACAGAUGGGUAAAUGAUGCACAGGACACCAAGGAAGUGGAAGGAUUAAUGGAUGGCAUUUAUGUACGAGUUCAUGGACAUUUGAGGACUUUCAAAGGGAAUAAGCAAUUAGAGGUUUAUGCAAUCAGGAAUGUGACUGAUUACAAUGAGGUUGCAAGCCAUUUCCUCGAAUGCAUAUACAACCACUUCAUGCAUACUAAAGCACAGAGCAAUGGAACCACUUCUGCUCCUGCACCAACCCCAUCGACUGCCAGCACUCCCAUUACAUCACACCCUGCUAUACCAUCUACCCAACUGUCUCAAGAGUACAAUUUGGAAGGGCUAGGGAACAUCGACAAGAUGAUCAUCGACUAUCUUGAACAGCCUUCCUCCCUGGCACAAGAAAAGGGUGUCCAUCGAAAUGAAAUUGCACAGAAGCUAAAAAUUUCCCAGGAGAAACUGAUGGAAGCAAUGGAAACUCUUGAAUCAGAGGGGCUGGUGUAUUCAACAAUCGAUGAAUUUCACUAUAAGUCUACUUCCUCUUAGUUCUUUUAUUAUUCUAUUUUACUGCUUUCUUUAGUUCUACUGCUACUUGACUUAAAUAUUAUGCUAGGAAUGAUACAAAUUGUCGUAUUUUGGAUCGUAUUCUAGUUUUUAAAAUUUUUAGGUUGUGUUAUUCAAUGUUAUUAGAAA